UUUAAGCUUGAAUCGUACUAUCGCAAUCAUGUCAUGGUCAUGCUUCUUGACUACCAACAGAAUGAUUUUCAAUUUGGUGUAUCACAAAACGGAAAUCACAUCCGAAGAACGGACGAUCCUUUUCCGCACAUCACUGAGAUUCAAGAUGCCUUGGUAUCAUUUUACAUCAAACUGAGAGCCUCUCUAGCUAGAAAUCGCAUUAGAGAGACUGCAUUAACUGUUGAAGACCUACUACCGAAAGAGGAAAAAGAGAAAAAUGAAUAUGUGUGCUACCAACCCAUUUAUGCAUACGUGAACACUUUAAGAACAACCGUUGAAGACGUAUGUGGUAUGCUGGAGCGGAAUGGAUUUAUAAAAGAAGAUAGCGCUGUGGAUUAUUCCAACUUCUCAGGUCGCCGUUAUGCAAUUGAUGUUCAUUUAAAUGACGUUAUUGUAUUUCCUCGGGAUGUCAAGUUUGAUGUGUACAACCAUGAUUUGGUUCAAUGUGGCUUCCUUGUUGUUCAGGUGAUCAAAUUUUGUUAAGUAUUCCUAUGGGAUUAUUUCACACAAAAGGUUGGGUUACGAUAAGGAUAAUUUUGAGGUACGCAUUGUGACGUGCAAAAAAGUACAGGGGUAUGAGAACAAAAAAUUGUUCUAAAAAUUUGUAAACUUUGUGAGUUUUCUUUUAGAAAUCAACUUUCUUUGGAAAGUUUCCCAUUCAUGCAAAAUAUACCAGUAUUGUAUCUCUGUCCGUUCUAAAAACCAUACACUGGAAAUGUUUUCAAAAAUCGUUACUAUGAGUGUAUGGAAAUACUGUAGUAUGGAACUUAGUUGAAAAUAGUAUGGAAAUCCAAUUUUUAUACAAAUUUCCAUAUUGCAUGUGGAUAUAGUAUGGAAAUAGUAUGGAUAUACUAUGGAUUUAGUGAUGCAAUCGCAUUUUCCAUGGUAUGAAUUUCACUAUUUUUUGCAGUGAUACUGCAUAAUUGGUAAUUUGGUUAAGCAGAGUUGAAUAAUAACCAGGUAUCAGGUGUAUAUAUGUAGUCAGGUCAAUUUUAUCUGGAUGUCCCGGUUAAAUCAACCCAAGUUUCUGGUUACACCUGUUCAAAGAUAAAACUCUUGAAUUUUUUAAUUUUUCAUAUCACUCCGCACAUUUUCCUCAAAAUAAAGUUCGCACUUAGUAACAAUAUAUGUAUACCAUAAAUAACCUCAUGUAACAGUAGGUAUGUUGUGCGAAACUACAGUACAUGUGUCGAUGCAAUGACUGCAUGGCUAAUAUAAUAAGAGAAAAUCAUAACAUAAACAGCAAAAGGCAUGCAUGAUGAAUCCGAAUAUACCGAAUAACACUUAAAUAUUUACUUUUAGGACAAAUCAAGAUUCAUAGCGCCCGAGGUUGUCAGGAGUGUUCUAUUUCAAUUGACUUUAGCCAAAGAGAGAGCUGCGGCGUUAAUUCCAGGGGAGAUCAGACCUAUAUUUAGUGAUGGAGAUGAUGUCAUUAUUGUUAAUUCUGAUUCAGGUUUGUUUCUCAUUUGUUAUUUGGUAUCCAACAUAUUAUGAUGUUAGGGUAUAUAUAUGGUUAUAGGAUUAUGUCUGAAAAUUGUAUGUAACCUUCCGCUCGAAUUUUCCGACUACAAAAACCCAUUUUCUAUUGUUGCACAAUCUUUUUGUUUCUUCAAAGUGUCAGAGGCCUUUUGUUAAUAGACAAUUCCCAUUAUAGACUAAUUUUAAAACUACAGUAGGCUAGGAGAUGCAAAUAAAUCACCACACGGCUAGAAAGAGCAUACUAAAAUUAGUAAAAUUGCAAAGUUUGGUUUCGAAAUGUUGUAAAAUGCGGAAAUAUAGCCUUGCAAAGUUCGCAAAGUUUGUAUACUUUUGUAUUGCGCGCGGAAAUUACUACCACAUUUGGGCCGAAAAUGGUGGCAAUUUCCGCACGCAAGUAUACAAAAUUUGCAAACUUUGCAAGGCUAUACUUUCUGCAUUUUACAACAUUUCGCAACCAAACUUUGCAAUUUUACUCAUUUUAGUAUCCUUUUUCUAGCUGUGAUGAUUUAUUUGCAUCUCCUUGUCCAUAGUUUUAAAAUUAGUCUGUAAUGAGAAUUGUCUAUUACGCCGCAAUUAUUCUUAAUCAUAAUAUUCUCUAAUUCAUUAUUGUAGUAAAUCUUAUUGCUCGUGUUUCGUGUUAUGUCGAUCCGCAAAGAUCGCUGUUUGUUUUUGGCGUCAAAUCUUCUCAAUAUGAAGACGUGAGGUCAAUACUUGACAUCCUUGGAGUACAAAGUAUCCUUUAUUCUUUCUCAUGGUAGAAACAAAGAUAAGGAAUACAGACAAAAUGCUUUCUUUUAAACGAG